AUGGCAGCCACUAGUACCUCUUCUAGCUGCAAUGGCUUCUUCAAUCUCCGAUCAACAAAUAGUGGUGAAUCCAAGGUUCGUGGUUGUGGAAAGCCUGAUGGGGUAGCCAUGUGGUUCAUCAAUGGUGUCACAACCGCUUUCUUUGCAUCAUUGGAACAUUGUUGCAUCCGCAUCGCCACUCAUGAAGAUGGUGAAGAAGAUGCCAACGAUGACUUGCCCUUGAUCCUCAAUGAUGGAAAUCUUCGCCAACGUGAUUCCACCCGAAGAAGGAAAGUUAAAGCCAAGAAGAGUUGA